CUCCGCUCCGUUGGUUCCCCUGGACUUUCCCUCCGCCACAUGAUAUCUGACUUCUCCUUCGUCUGAUUCACCGUUGGCACCGUCCGUGUUUUUCUGUCUCUUCUUUAGCUGUUAACUGCAUCUACACAGCCAUGCCUUUAGUAACGAGGCUGUAUGUCUUUCUUUUAUUCACUGUGGUUACGUCCUUCGCCUCUGCUGACAAGAUGACAGCAGCCACGGUAUACUGGGACCCCCUACAUAAGCUGGUCAAGCUGAAAGAGGGGGUGUUGGAGACCGAGGGGGAUGCAUAUGGGUAUCUGAACGAUACCCUGUCCAGUUCAGGCUGGAGCAUCCUAGAGAUCCGUGCCGGUUACGGAAAAACCCCUGAAACUGAUGAGCUCACUUUCUUCCUGGCUGGCUACCUCGAAGGCUACCUCACUGCCCAGCAGAUGAUGGACCACUACACCAACAUGUUUCCGCAGCUGAUCGACAACCCAGAGAUCCUCGGCCCAGUUCAGAGUUUCAUGGCGAAGCAGGACGCAUGGACCAGAGAGCAGGUGAAACUGAACAAGAGCUCUGAUCCUCUGUGGAAACACACAGGCUUCAUCGUAGCCCAGAUGGACGGGCUGCAGGCAGGAGUUGCAGACUGGGCCAAGAAAAAAGGGAAAAAGCCGAUGUCCCUGUUUGACGUCCAGUUCCUGAAUGCAGUGGGAGACCUCCUGGAUCUGAUCCCAGCCUUGGUCCCCACUUCCAACCAUCUGCUCAGAGACUUUAAACUUCCCGGGAUGGGGCACUGCUCUGCACUCAUCAAGAUGCUGCCUGGCUAUGAGAACCUCCUGUUUGCCCACUCCAGCUGGUACACGUAUGCUGCCACAAUGCGGAUCUACAAACACUGGGAUUUCCAUAUCACUGAGCCCCACGCAGCCACUGGGAAACUCUCCUUCAGCAGCUACCCUGGUUUCCUGGUGUCUCUGGAUGACUUCUACCUUUUGGGCAGUGGUCUGAUGAUGACCCAGACCACAAACAAUGUCUUCAACUCCUCCCUUUUUGACCAAAUCACCCCCAACAGCCUGCUGGCGUGGCAGAGGGUCAGGCUGGCUCACAGUUUGGCACAUACCGGAGAAGAGUGGGCCAAAACCUUCUCCAAGUACAACUCUGGUACCUACAACAACCAGUACAUGGUGUUGGACAGGAGCAAAGUGAAGCUGGGCCAGAGUAUUGAUGAAGGUGCUCUGACUGUGGUGGAGCAGAUCCCUGGGCUGGUGGAGCACUCUGACCAGACACAGGCUCUGCGGAGAGGUUACUGGCCGUCCUACAACAUCCCCUUUCACCAGGAGAUCUACAUGAUGAGUGGUUAUGGACAAAUGUGGGAGGAGCAUGGAGAGGACUUCUCUUAUGAUCUUUGUCCCAGAGCCAAGAUCUUCCGCCGUGACCAGGCUGAUGUCAAGGACCUGGACUCCUUGAAGCACAUCAUGAGAUUUAAUGACUACAAGAAGGAUCCCUACUCCAAGGGUGACCCCUGCAAGUCCAUUUGCUGCCGUGGGGACCUGAGGGCAGUGAAGCCUUCACCAGGAGGUUGCUAUGACACUAAGGUAACAGAUUUCCUCAUGGCUGGGGACUUCCGUGCGGAGGCGGUGAACGGGCCAACGACACAGGACGGACUCCCGCCUUUCAUUUGGGAUAAAUUCAGCAGCAUCAGCCACCAGGGCCUGCCGCGGUACUACAACUUCACCUUCGUCAAGAUGCAGCCUCUUCUCUUCAAGCCAUGAGGUGUGUGUGUGUUUGUGAGUGAGACAAAGACAGAUGCCUUCUGUCUGAUGCUCUAAGAAUAAUGAAUGAUGAGGGUCAAAGGUACAAUCUGCACAAUGGUUAUUUUUUAUUUUAACUGUUGCUUACAGUUCAGAGUUGCAUCCCACCAACAUAUGCUUUCUUUUUAAAUCCUACGUAACCAUAUUUCCUUCCACCUGAUAAUCGAAUCAAACUGCCAGUUCAGUUCAGUUUUUUAACACUUACAUGUCUCAGGGUAUGUUGGAUGAUUUGCUUUGUAAUACCGUAGAAAUCAGUUGCAGCCAUAUGUGCCUCGAACACAACUUGAUUUUAAAAAUACAGAAUAAAUGCACUAAAUCAGUGGUUAUACCGUCUUUAAUCCUUUUGUUUUAAAUGCUUAAAUUUCUUCCUACAUGCGAACACUAUAUCAGUGCAAUGUCAUACUCAGGGCUUCUCUGAUGCUGUGAUUUAUGUGCAUCUAUUUCUUAUGCUGUGCAAAAUAAAGAUCUCUCAGGUUUGUAUUUUUGUGUAAGCUUCUGUUUUUUGUAAUAUAACGUGUAAUACUGCACUGUAUCAUGCCAUCUUCUCAAGUGUUAAAUGUUUAUUAAAGUUUUACAGUUGUGCCGGUGUA